GUGUGUGUGUGUGUGUGUGUGUGUGUGUGUGUGUGUGUGUGUGUGUGUGUGUGUGUGUGUGUGCGUGUGAGGAUGAGCCGGUUUCCCGCCUCUCACUGACGGACCGAGCACCGGAGCCUUCCUGCGGUCGACCAUGCCGCUGGUCAAGCGUAUUAUUGAGCCCAGGUAUCUGUGUUGCGGGACUCUGCCUGAUGGGGUCGCCAGUGAGCUGGAGUGUGUCACCAACAGCACCCUGGCUGCUGUGAUCAAACAGCUGGGAGGACUCAGUCGUCAUGCGGAGGACAUCUUUGGCGAGCUGUUCACGGAGGCCAACACUUUCUACCUGAGGAUGAACAGUCUGCAGGAGAGAGUGGACCUGCUGGCAGUGAAGGUCACUCAGCUGGACUCCACUGUGGAGGAGGUGUCUCUGCAGGAUAUCAACAUGAGGAAAGCUUUCAGGAGCAGUACCAUCCAGGACCAGCAGGUGGUGUCACGGAGCUCCAUCCUCAACCCGGUGCUGGAGAUGUACCACCGCUGCGACAAACCCCCCCCCCUCAACAUCCUGACAACCUACAGGGAUGAUAAGAAAGAUGGUCUGAAGUUCUACACUGAUUCGUCUUAUUUCUUUAACCUGUGGAAGGAAAAGAUGCUUCAGGCGACUGAAAACAAACGAAAAGAGAAGAGACGUCAGAAGGAACAGAAACAUGUUGAAGAAUCUUCAGGACGUGAAGUGAAAAAGGUUCGUAAAGCUCGUAACAGACGUCAGGAGUGGAACCUGAUGGCGUACGACAAGGAGCUUCGCCCAGACGCUCGACUGACACCAUCACCGUCCCACACCUCUGACGGCUCGGUGUCACCUGACGGGUCAGGGAUGUCAGAUGACCCCUCCUUCCCUGCCAGCCCCCACCGACAUGACACCCAGGGGCAUGAUGGGAAGGAUCGCACUGUGACUGGUGGAAGAGGUCAGACUCAGUCGCUGGACCGCGCUCUCCGACCCACCACGGUGUCCACUGCCGUUACCGCAGCGACCGCCCGCCAGCACUCUCUGGGCCGCAACCAGCCACAUCACCAGCUGCCACACGCUGGCCCGGCCAACCAGAACAGAGCACGGACCAACACCGCCAAGGAGGCCAAUCACCAUCAGAUCCCUCCGGCUCCUCCUCCGCCGCCGCCUUCUCUCAUGCCGUCAAAGGGACGGAUCAGCUCCACCCACACUGCUGCUAUGGCAACACCGCUGCAUCCUGCAGUCGCUCUUGGUAACCAAGGUGUCGCUGCCGCAGUCUCUCGCCCCUACAGUCCCUCCCCUCCCCCACCUCCUCCGUCUAACUAUGUCCCCUCCCCCUCCCGGCUUGGAGGUCAGGCCCCGCCCUUGUCUGCUGCCGUACCCCUGUUGCCCCCGGUGACUGAUGCCAGGAAGCCCCCCGGCGGACUGAACAUGCCAGUGAACGAUGCUCGCAGCGACUUGCUAGCCGCUAUACGCAGAGGUAUUCAGCUGAGGAAGGUUCAGGAGCAGCGUGAGCAGGAAGAGGCCAAAAAACGAGAGCCGACAGGAAAUGAUGUCGCCACCAUCCUUUCACGACGCAUUGCUGUAGAGUACAGCGAAUCAGAGGAGGAGUCUGAGCCUGAGGACCAGGAUUGGUCCGACUGAGGAGGGGGGAGCUGCUUUAUCAUCCCUGACGUGUCCUGUCCCUCUCAGGACAAACAUGUUGAGACGCUGAGGACUGGUUCAGGAGGGCCUGUAGGGGGCAUCCAUAGCAGCGUCCAAUUAAUUACAUUAAGAUGUUAAUGUGGUAAAAAUAAUAAUGAGACUAAAGAUUAGUUUUUUAAACUUUAUUAAGAUGAAGAAUAUGAUAAUUUCUUUGAGUCGCAGGUUGUCCAGUAUGUGGCGCUCACUGUGGUAAACAGACAUGAAACUUCCUGUUGAUUCUUCUUCUUCAUUAUGUUUUACUGUGACUGUAAAAAACUCAUUUGUUGUAUUUAUUUUAGCUUUUUAACAUAUGAAAAUAUUUUAGCAGAUUUUUUUUAUUUUCUUUUUAUUGAAAAAGUAUUGUUUCUGUUUGUUUGUGUUUUUUAAAGUUUUAUUUAUUUUCUGGUCGUCGUUGACGUGUUUACUCGCAUUCUGUCUGAUUCAAUGGUUACUAUGGCAACAGAGAAGAAAAGUCACAUGAGGCAUUUUGUACUCAUGAUUUUUGCGUAAUCAGUAUGAUGUAAUGAUGACAUCAUCAGCUGUAACUGUUUCAAGUCAGUAUUUUCUGUGCUGUGAUGUCAUCGCUAAUGCUGAUGAUUUCAUCUAUGACCUCUCCUCAGACAUAUAUGUAAUGAGGGGGCGUGUACUAUCUGUAUCAUCUGUGAUUGGUAGAAGAGAUUUAUUGAUCUGCGCUGUGAUUUGCAUGUUGCUGGCAAAAAAAAAAAAUUGGUUAAACAAUCGAAAACUGUAAAACGAGUUCGUCAUAAAAAAAUAACUUUAUCGUCA